CCACCACCACCACCACCACCACCAACAACAACAACAACAACAACAACAACAACAACAACAACAUCUGGACGCGUCGGUGGCGCACAAAUAAGAACUUUGUGUUUUCGAGCAUCUGUUGGUUUCUCCUCCUUGCUUGGAGCAUGGGAAGCCUGUCCUCCGACCAGGGCUGCCAGCUGUAAAAGUCCAAAGGCAGAAGAACAAGCCGCCAUGGCCGACAUCCUGGAGCUGCGGACGGACGGGAACUCUCUCCUAAAAGCGGUAUGGCUCCGCCGUCUGAGGCUCACCAGACUCCUCCUGGAGGGCGGAGCGUACAUCAACGAGAGCAAUGAACGCGGGGAGACUCCUCUCAUGGUGGCCUGCAUGUCCUCGCACGCCGACCAGCAGAGCGUCAGCAAGUCCAAGCUGGUCAAGUAUCUGCUGGACAACCAGGCCGACCCCAACAUACAAGACAAGGGAGGCAGGACCGCCCUCAUGCACGCCUGCAUCCAUGAGGCGGGGCACGAGGUGGUGGAACACCUGCUGAGCAACGGAGCUGAUCCUAGUUUGGAGGACAGGAGCGGGGCCUCGGCGCUCGUUUACGCCAUCAACGCGGACGAAAAGCAGACAUUAAAGCUCCUCCUGGAUGCUUGCAAAGCCAAAGGCAAGGAGGUGAUCAUCAUCACUACAGAUAAGUCGCCGUCCGGUACCAAAACCACCAAGCAGUACCUGAACGUCCCUCCGUCUCCAGAGAUGAUCGACAAGUCGUCUCCGGCCUACUGCGCUUCGCCUUCUGAUAUCAACGUCGCCGCAUCUCCCGUGCUCGAGCAGGAGCAACAAAACACGGUCUUCAGCUUCCAGACCAAGCUGAAAACCUCCUGCUCGGCCAACAAGCUGGCUAACAACGGGCCCAUGUCUCCCACGCGGCGGCCCGCCAACCACAAGCGAGCGCGUUUGCCUCAGCUCAAGCGGCUGCAGUCGGAGCCGUGGGGGCUCAUCGCGCCCUCCGUGCUGGCGGAGCGGGCAAAGAGCCAGGAAGAGGCCAAGAAGGUCACCUCGGACGAGGACGCGGUGGCGGGCGUGAACGGACUGACGCUGAGCAAGAGAGGCGCUUUGUCUCGACAGAACAGCGUGGACGGCAAAGACACCAAGCUGGCCGCCUCGCUGCCGGUGCCCCCGACCUACGAAAGACCUCCCAGCCAGCACCAGCCCCUGGCCAGACGGAGCACCGUGCCCACCGAGCAGGAGGGCAACAACAGCGGGCACACCGGUCUCCGAGACACCUUGCACAGGAGACGACUCGGGAACGACCACUACGACUCCGACUCCCAGCUCUACUCGGACUCCGUCAUAGCGGACUCCCCCAAGGUCCCGGUGGAGCGAAGGAAACUGAACACCUCCCCUCUGGCCAUGCUGACCGGCUCCAGAGAGUCCCUGGACAGCAACAACAGCAUGUCCUCUCCGAGCACCGCACGCCGGCGUGCGCCGGGCCUCCUGGAGAGGAGAGGCUCCGGCACCUUGCUCCUGGACCACAUCUCCCACACCAGGCCGGGCCACCUGCCCCCUCUCAACGUCAACCUCAAGCCUCCCAUCCCCGACAUUGGCGCUAGUAGCAAGCCCUCGUCGCCUCUGGCCAGCGGGAUCCGAUCCAUAGCGCCGGCGGCACCAAACACACCAAAGAGAGGCGGGCUGAAGUGCAAGAAGAAGCUGGUGAGAAGACACUCUAUGCAAGUGGAGCAGAUGAAGCAGCUCUCGGACUUCGAGGAGCUGGCUCAUUAGCGACUGGUGGAGUUUAUGCAGCAUAUUUGGUGUCACUGCCCGACAUUGUCAGCGAGUACAUACAUGUUGACUCAAGUUCAAACUGAGCAAUAUAGAUAUUUAGGAUUUAUUUGAUUUAUUUCUUUGGACGCCAUGUCUGCUUUAAAUGUAUUACACCUUUGAAUGUAAAGGCCGAGUUGUGGUAUACUAGAAGGAUCUCUCCUACAUGCUGAUGUAACACGUGCAGUAUCUCGCAAAAGCAGCCCCUCCCUCGCAUUCUGUGUGGAUAUUUUUAGUAGGGUACAGUAGUACCUUAAAUUACCAGAUUAAUUGGUGCUGUGACCAAGCUCUCAACUCAAAACACUUUUAUCUCAAAUCAACGUCGGCCAUUGAAAUGAAUUCAAAUCAAUUUAAUUGGUGCUUUGCCCUCCGCCCCAAAACAUCACCAUUUUUUUAAACAUGUAACGUGCCUUUUAAAAAGAUAAACGAUCUUUUAGAUAAGAAAUAUUGAAUAAACACAAUACAAUAGAAUGUACUACCAACAAAAACCUGCAUUGUGAAGCAGUGUCGCUCAGUUUUAUCUGUCCCGAAACAGCACCAUUUUUAACAUGUAACAGGAAUUUUAAAACGAAAAACAAACUUUUUAGCUAAGAAAUAUUGUAUAAAACAAUACAAUAUAACGUACUAUCAACAAUAGUAUAUUUCAUGAAGUGAUGUAAUAAUAAUGUACAGCAAUGUUUCUCAAACUUUAGUAGCACCUCAGAAAACACUUGACUCUCCAAGUACCACCAUAAUGACCAACAUUAAAAUACAGUAGUGUAGUAGACCUAAGUAUUCAUUAACUAUCACCAUAAUGACCAACAUUAAAAUACAGUAGUGUAGUAGACCUAAGUAUUCAUUAAGUACCACCCUAAUGACCAACAUUAAAAUACAGUAGUGUAGUAGACCUAAGUAUUCAUUAAGUACCACCAUAAUGACCAACAUUAAAAUACAGUAGUGUAGUAGACCUAAGUAUUCAUUAAGUACCACCAUAAUGACCAACAUUAAAAUACAGUAGUGUAGUAGACCUAAGUAUUUAUUAUAACCAAGGCAGAGGUUUCAUCUAACAAGCAUAUUUGAUAUUUUGGCCACUGUAACAUUACACACAUUUCGAACAAUAACACUGUGUUUGAAUAGAGGAAAUUAAAACGCUGUACUUUAAUCAAGUUAUUCUUCGGCGGACCACUAGAUGGAGCCCACGUACCACCACAGUUUGAAAAUCGCUGAUGUAGACUUCUACGGAGUCUCCUUGCAGCUGCUUCUCCGUCAAACACAGUAUCAGCAGCUUUUUCAUAUUUUCAUGGAUA